UCUCACCCUCUCUUGCUUAACCCAAAUUAAUACUAAUUUACUCUUCCUUCUGUUUUUCCUCCCCUCUUUCUCUCUCUCAAAAGUCACCAAAAAGAAAAAAAAAAAACUAAGAAAAGGCAAAAAUGGAACAAAAUCUACCAGUGAUGGCCAAAAGAGUAUGGAGCAUAGUAAGGGCAGUUCUCUUCAUGAUGAGAAAAGGAAUUUUGCCAAAGAGAAAACUCAUGGUUGGUCUCAACUUGAUGCUCAAACGUGGCAAAAUCGCCAGCACCAAAGUCAUUGGCAACCUCAUGUUCCACCACCACAAAGACUGCCAGGUCUCAUCAUCAUUCAUGGCGGCGGCAGCAACAGCCCAUGAGUACGAGUUCAGCUGCAGCAACACCCCAAACUACACCUUUCCUUUCAACCUCGCCACCAAGAAGAAAAACAGCAUUAUCAACUACUACCACCACUUUUUCGCGUGCUCCCACCCGCCUCCUACUCAAGACGACGACGUGGCGACCAUGAAUGCGGUUAAGGUUGUCUUGGAGAUGCUUAACAACCGCGACAGCGAUAACAUGGUGGUUGAAGCUGCUGCUGCUUCCCCUAUGUUACCAGGUUUCGGACAAACUCCAUUGGCAAGGCAACUUAGGGUAACGGAUUCUCCUUUCCCUUUAAGGGAUGUGGACGAAGACAAUGGCUACGUAGACAAGGCAGCCGAGGAUUUCAUAAACAGGUUUUACAAGGAUUUGAAGCAGCAAAAUAAGAGAAUGGCUGAGUUAUAAGGGAACUCUUUGGCCUUUGCUUUGUUAAUGAUUUUCCAUGUUUGGAGUUCACAUAUGGUUAAUUACUUUUUUUUUUGGGUUUUAAUUUUGUUGUUGAUAUAAACAAAUAAAAGAAAAUUAUAAGAAAGAGUCAUGAAAUUUUCAGUUUUUCUUUCAAUCUUAUGUUAAAAUCUGGUUAUGUUUGUCAUGAAAAUUAUUGUAAUAUCAAUGAGAGGCAUUGUACA